AUGAAGAUUUUAUACUUUCUCUCUUUAGUAGUAUUUUGCAAUGGAUUGCCUCUUAAUUCAGCACCAGAAAAUGUACAAACGACUACAUUUAUAAAUCCGGAUGAAACGGAAUUGUACUUUGUUGUUACUUGGGAUAAGGUUGAAAGUUCAGAUGCGGCAGACCCCAUUUUGGGUUACAAGGUAAAAGUAUUCGAAGGAAAAGUAAAUGUUACUCAUGUAACGAAAGCUGAUGGUUCAAAGGUGACAGAGCUGGAUAUUGACUUAGAAAAUGAACCGCAAGAGCCAAGCGUCGAAGUAGCUGAAAUAGAUGUGUCGGCAGAUAAAAAUGAAUACACAUAUCACAAUAUGAAAGAAAAAGUACGUUAUGAGGUUGCAGUGCAAGCAUAUACGGCGAAAAGCGUAGGUCCAGAAUCAAAGAGGUCCAAAUUUGUAUGGGCGUAA